AUGGGUAACGCUACGGGGAAGUUGGAGCAUGAUGAAUUGGAGAGUAUCAACCAGAGAAGCGGGGGUGGGCAUAAGCAGUAUAGAUCGUUUUCUAAUUCUAGUGCCGCGUCGACGGGUAGUCUGGCGAAUGAUACUCUAAGGUCGCGGAGGGCUUCGUCGUUGGUUGGGAAUUUAUUGAAUGCCAGUGGUAUGUCUAGGUUAGAAUCUUGUAACGGGAAUCCGUAUCGUAAAAGACUCACUAAGGAGAAGGAACGGAUUCGGGAGCAGCAUGUUAAGCAGUUGAUGGUUAAAUAUGACGAGAACGUAGAUGGGGGUUAUUUGGCGUCGUACGCUUGCUAUAAACUUGAUAAGUUAGAUUAUAACGCAAAUGUAGUUCGGGCGCUUGUUGUGGAGAGGAAGUUAGCUCCUUUCUACACUCCUCUACAAGAUUUCGAUUCUAGCUGGACUCGAGAGGAAUUGAUUAAGGUGAUUGAUAGUUUGAUACUCCAUGCUGCAUUCGAAGAAAAUGCAGAAGAGUUUGAAGGGGUUGAAAUUGGAGACAUAUAUGCCAAUGACAUAGAAAAUUUAGUGGAUAGAUCGUUAUCUGGACGUGAACAACGCAAACAGCGUUCCAAGGUGUUCAAGGCUAGGCUUUAUCGCAAGCGUAUUUUAUGGCAGGAAGCAGAAAAUGAACGUUUUCUCGAAGCUAAACAAGCGUCGAAGCAGAAGGGAGUUCUUGAUAAGUGGCUCCCCAGCGACGAUUUGAAGUAUGAUCUUUACAAGAACGGCUCAGAGUGUCCUAUUUGUUUUCUUUACUUCCCAGAACCGAUGAACAUCUCCCGCUGCUGUUUACAACCGAUAUGCACGGAAUGCUUUGUUCAAAUCAAACGCCAAGAUCCGCAUUUCCCUCACGAGGAAGUUGAUGCAGUCCGCGAUCCACAUACAUACGAUGACAAGGACCCGAAUAUGUUAAUUUCUGAACCGGCAAGCUGCCCUUACUGUGCAACUCCGUGUUUCGGAAUCACCUACGACCCACCAACGAACAGAACCGUUGGUAUCCUAGGCUCUCCACCAAGCAGCUAUGUUUCCCAAUCACGCCCCAUCGAUACCUCGACGUCUCAGCACCGCGAAGGCACCUCUGCGUGCCUGCAGGAACUCUCUCUUCAAAAUCCGCCGUCCCGCCGUCACUCCGUUGAACAUCAACAUCCCUCCGUCGUCACCUCGGAUAUGAUUCGUCCAGACUGGGAAAUAAAGCUAAUCAAAGAACGAACGAAACUCGCACGCAGAUCAGCAAAUGCUACAGCUAUACAUGUCAGCAACCGGCUUGUUGAUCCAGAACACCACAGAGGCUACAGCCAUUCGUUGACUAGCGGCACAUCCACCUUCAAUAGCAACAGCUCUGUUGCACAUGAACUAGAAGAAGAGAUGAUCCGCCACGCUAUGCGCCUCAGCUUACUCGAACAACAACACCGUGAACACAGCUAA